AUGUCGCAGCUGCCGUACGACGUGACGAAGGAACAGCUGAGCCAGGCAUUUGAACGCUACGGGCCCAUCGAGGAGCUGCAUCUGCAGAUGGCGGCGGAUCGGGAACACACGAAGGGCCACGGGCGGAUGGUGUUUGCCGACGAGCGGAAUGCCCGACGGGCUGCGGUGCAGAUGCAGAGCUACGUGCUGAACAACAUGCCUAUCAAGCUGACGCUCGGGUCGGAGCAGCGGAGAGGGCAGGCAACGAGGUACGACGUGGUGAUGCUGAGAAACUUGCCGCAUGAUGCUUCGGAGGACGAGCUGAUGAAGGUGUUGCGGCCGUACCAGGCGUUGCGGGUCGGCCUGCCACGUUCGCCGGUGACCCAGGAGAGCCUGGGGUACGGGUACGUGCGGUUUGGGUCGGCAGAGGCUGCCGAGAGGGCUGUCCGGGAGCUGAAGGGAACUAGCGUGGGCGGACGAAGGCUGCGGCUGCAUGUGGCAGAGCCCAAGAAGCACCACUACCGCUUCAUCGUGUGA